AUGGGCCACGAAGAGCACCACCAUGAGGAAAGACACCCUCUCGGGCUAUUCGCCUCCCCGUUGAACGAACAUACCGCCAAACCUGCCCAGAUUCACUACCACACCCCAUCGACCCACUCAUCCGACGUCGAAGCCCACAAACCCGUUCAAGAUACAUCGUACAAUACAACACAAGUGCCCUUCGGCAACGCAGACUGCUCUCUUCAUGACAACCCUGCAUUCCAUCGUCAUGCAGAAGCAACUACAUCUGAGCUUUUCUACGAUCUCUUCUUCGUCGCCAACUUGACUACCUUCACAUCGAUGCUCGAGAUCAACGACUACAACACGCUUACAGCAUACGUCGGUUUCUUCUCGCUGCUAUGGCUAACAUGGUACCAAGUCUCGCUUUACGACGUACGGUUCUCGACGGACAGCGUAUUCGAGCGCGUGGCUAAGGCAAUACACUUUGGCGUGAUGGUAGGCUUCGCCGUCAUCGGUCCACAGUGGAAGCCAGGACAAGAAAUUGACGACUACAAGAUUUACAAAGCAUUCGGUCUGAUCCUGAUGGUCUCGCGUAUCACGCUGUUCACGCAAUACGCGGUCACUCUGCUCUAUGUGAGGAAAUACAAGAAGACGGUCAUCCCGCUGAGCAUCAUCAUGGCUUCGACGCUACUUGCCGCUAUCCUGUAUGGUGCACUCACGCCGGCUUUUCCGAAGGAAAAGCUCGAUCUCGAAGGCUUAGUGCUACCGCAGAAGAGCAAUGUCUACAUCGCGUGGUACAUCAUUGCGCUGAGCGAGACGCUGACCACGGUCGCCGUAUCGUGCUAUUUCCGGGUGAUCAGCUUCAAGGGCACGCACAUGGUGCAGCGCAUGUCGCUCCUGACACUCAUCAUCCUCGGCGAAGGCAUCAUCGUGGUAUGCAAAUCCAUCAGCAAGAUCGUCAAGAACGAGUUUCUCUGGACAGCUGCGGUCGUCGGACAGAUCAUCGCUGCGGUCCUCAUCAUCUACUUCUUGUACAUGCUGUACUUUGACCGCAUGCAGGAAGAACACUUCGGCAGCAUCAAGCAACAGCUCUGGUCUUUUGUUCACUUUCCGCUGCACGUUGUGCUUGUCCUGGUCUUGCAGGGUGUCAGUCUGCUCAUUGUCUGGGCGCAACUCGUUCAAGCGCUGCUCGGGAUGUACACUACCUUCGGGAAUGUCCUCGAUGGGGCGGGCAAUUACACAAAUGGUAGUGAGCUAGCCCACGACUUGAGUUAUACAGCAUACAGCUUCGUAUAUUGCUGUGUCCCUAAGGGCGUAGACGCUACCAAAGAACAAUACACCGCCGACAAUGCAAUCUACUCGAUCGCGGAUGCGUACGACUACCUUCUCGAAGAUUCAAACAACGCCACAGCGUUUAACGACUUCACGGCGGGUGUCAACGAUCUUGUAGCUGCGGCGACAAAGACGCUCUUCGAUGGCUUCAGCGUAACGGUCCCGAAGAAGAAGGCCUCUCUUGGGGAGAAGAAGCAAACGGACUUCAUGGAACUGUUCUAUGAAUAUCUGGGGGGUGUUCCAGCUGGUGUUUAUGGUGGCUUCGCGCUUAUCAUCAUUUCGGUUCUGGGUUACUUGUCGCUGCCAGCUUCACAACGUCGCGUCUCCUCGUACGUCCGCCUUUGUGUGAACUUCAUUUUCGGUGUCGGCUUAUGCCUCGUUGCGACGUUGAAACUGAAUGAACCACUGGAGGAGAACUACCUGGCUUCGGCGUGGAUGAUACCGACCAUAUGCUUGGUUUACUUUGUUUGCGUGGUGACCAAUCACAUCCGGGUAAAGGGGAUCAAGAAGCACUGA